UUGGUUUUGUAUUCUCCAGUAGCAGCUUUGGCUUGAUCUUGACUUACCCAAGUAUCCCAACAUGGCAGCAAAUGAUAUUGAACAGUUCUUGAAAAACAAGACCUGGGUCGAUCAACCUGAGGUCUUGCCGUGGUACGUCAAAGACCUGGUCGAUCUUCCACCAAAUACCAGAGAGCUUUUCGAGACGUACAGUAAAGUGCCAUCAGAUGAAGUCGUCUCGCACAUCACACAGAUCAGGGAUAAGGCCUUCAAGAUCUUUCCGUACCCGUGUCUUGGACAUUGGGGGUUCCUCAACCUGAACAUCCAAACCUCGAACGCUUACAAGGAGGUCGUUCCGCGCAUUAAGGCUGGCGAACAGUACUUAGAUGUUGGCUGUUGUAUGGGUCAAGACAUACGGAAGCUGGUGUACGAUGGAGCACCCUCGGAAAACCUCUACGCAUCGGACGUGAAGGGCGAUUUUUGGGGCCUUGGCCAGGAGUUGUUUCUGGACGAGUCGUCCUUGAAAGCCACCUUCAUUGCGGCUGACAUCCUCGACGACAAGUCGCCUCUGCAGGAACUCACCGGCAAAUUCGACAUCAUCCAUGCAGCUUCGUUCUUCCAUCUCUUCGAUUGGGAUGGCCAAGUCAUAGCAGCCAAAAGGAUGGUUAGCUUGCUUAACCCUGCAUCAGACAGCCUCAUCCUCGGCCGUCAAGUUGGUCGUACAGAAGCGGGCGAAUUCACAGCCGGCGUCGAACGAGAUAAGAGGCGAUACUGGCACAACCUUGAAUCAUGGACCAAGCUGUGGGAUUUGGUUGGCGACGAGACUGGCACGAAAUGGAAAGUCGAGGCAGAAUUCGAUAACUCCCAGCGCAAUAGGAGCAGUCUGGCGGACUUCAUUCCCAAGGACUCUAGGUUCAUGAAGUUCACCAUCCGGAAAGCGUGAGCAUGAUGUAUAGAGUCGCGUGCGACUUGAUUGACUGCGAGUCAUAUUUUAGAUCAUAGACCGAAUCGCAUUUUUCGUUUAGA